GCGCUUACCCAUCGUGGUGAUGGCUUGAGAGAAGGUGCAGGAGGGUAAGAGCGCGCGCAGCUGAGCGAGGGACCGAGCAGCCUCAGUCAGCAGGGAUGCGAGCGGUGUCUGUGGCCUUACGCGUCAGUCAAUCUGCCGGAUCAAUGCAACGCAUGCAGGAGUCAUGUGAGAGUGUGAUGAUUCCGAAGCAAGCGAGGCCGAGGCGCGCGUGCUUGUGGAGCGUGGUGCGGACGGGGGCAGAUUGCGGCAAUACCGCUGCCAUCCCUCUCACCAUGCGCCACCGAGCUCAUCGACCACGAAGGUACUGCGGCGAGUGGAGCUCUGCACGGUCAACCCACGCACAAAGCUGCCGUGUGCUGCUGUGGUGGACAUGCAAGCUCUGCAGCGUGGCUGCUUCUAGGGGGCGGUGAUGGUGGCAUGGCCGCGCCUAAUAAGACGCCCUUUGGUGCUGGGGUC